AUGGCAGCCAAGAAGUCGUUGGUCUUUGUCACCUCAAACAUGAAAAAGUUGGCCGAAGUGAAGCAGAUCUUGUCCUCCACCUUCGACGUCACUCACCACAAACUCGACCUUCUCGAAAUUCAAGGCACCUACGAGGAAGUAGUCAAGGCCAAAGCGAAGCAGGCCUACGACCAAUUGGGGAUUCCGGUGAUUGUGGAGGAUACGUCACUCUGCUUCAAAGCCUUCAAAGGAUUACCGGGCCCGUACAUUAAGUACUUUUUGGAGAGUUUGGGCCCCGAGGGACUCCACAAAAUGCUACACGCAUUCGAGGACAAGAGUGCAAAAGCAGUGUGCAUCUUUGCUUAUUGUGAAGGAGCGGAAACGGAACCGAUUGUCUUUGAAGGUAGGAUAAUAUAGGGGUUAUUGUGGCUUUGUGGGUGUGAGAACGUGAUCAUUGGUUAAGGGUUGAGGAUAGAUGUACUGGUACAUCUGGUGUUUGAUAAUAGAGGUACUGUGAGUUUUGAAAAACGUUGUUUUGGUCUUCUAUGACCUGGGCUGGCUUACAGAUUCUCAAAAUUAAGUAAAAACUAAAGAUAAGGUAUAGGAAAGCCAACAUUUAAAAAAAUGAUAAGCUAAUGAAAAACAGUGCUAACGAUCAGCGAACUAGCCAAAAAUUAUACAUUAGACCUUAUCUUUAACUUGUAACUUCAGGCAUCUGCGAUGGCCAAAUAGUAUCACCAAGGUACAACACGGCCGAACCGUUUGGCUGGGACCCUUGUUUCGAACCUCUUGAACUGAAAAAGACUUUUGGAGAAAUGUCACCGGAAGAAAAACACAAAAUCAGCCAUAGAUCGAGAGCUUUAGCAAAACUUCAAGAAUAUUUUAGCUGA